AGCAAUCAAACAAACAACAUCUUUCUUUACAAUAUACACACACACAAUAUAUCUAUUUUUGGAUUAUUUAUCAUCAAACAUGAACUCCAACAACAUCACCAACACCAUGUACAACAACAACACUUCUUACAAGAACCAAACUUAUACCAUCUACAAGUCUAAAGUAUCACCUUCACGACGUCUUAAGAAUAUGUUGAAACCAGUUUUGGGUCGUAUCUUCAAGUCUAAGACUCAUAAACCUAAGCGCAGCUCUUACAUUGCUUCCGAGGAAAAGGAAAGUGAAUUCGAUUGGCUUAACAAUGAUAUGGAUAACAUGGCUAAUGAACAUUUGGAAAAUCGUCUUAUGGAAGAAUUACAACACAGUGAAUCUGGUGAAGCUAUUGUGGUCAUCAAUGAAGAUGGUACCCGCCAAUUGGAAUUCAUUGAUAAAGAUGAUCUCUAUGUUCCAGUUCACUUUGCUCGCACCAAUGCUGGUACAUUCUUUUGGACUUCAGUGCAAAAGGAAACCGUAGAACCCUAUCAAAUUGAAUGGAAUUUCCUCGAUAGAUGGGCUCAAGCUUAGAUUCUUUACUUACAAAAACUUGAAUCUUAAGAUUUUUGGGUUUAAUCAUCGAAACAACUGGGGUUUUCUUUUAACACUCAUCAGCAGCAGCUCCUUGGCUUUUUAUUACCUACAACAUGGGAAUUUUCUUCAAACGGCUUAGUCUGGCUACUUCGACUUUGCCUUUGGCUCUCAACAGAAAAUAUAACAUUAAUGGGAAAAGCUUCAAUGGUUAGCAGCUCAUUUAACACGGGUUUAAAGCUUUUAGUUAAAGCUCAGCUUUUAUUAUAUACAAAAAAGUUGUUGAUCUUUUAUUAUAAAAGUUUUAUUUAAAGUAAAUUUUUAAUACUACUUUUUUCUUUUGGAAAAAAGUUUGUUAUUAAAAAAAAAAUAUUUAAAAAAUUUUAACAUUUUUUGUCAUUAACUAAAGAAAUUGUUCAAGAUUUUAUAUUAAAAUCAAAAAGAAAAUGUUUUAGCUUUUUUUAUUAACUUAAAAAAAUGUUAUAAAACUUAAUAUUUGUAUAUUAAUUUAAGAAAAAAAAUUAAAAAUAUAAAAAAUA